AUGCCCAACGCGAAGACCAUCCGCGAACGCCGUCGAAUCUCCUACGCAUUUACCGCGAAAGGGGAGUUCCCUGACGUCGCUCAUAGGGACGGCUCCUUUGGUUUCACGGAAUACGCGUACGCUAUGGGGGCAUCCCAACCGGAUGCUCCACGAACGAUUGAAGAGGCAAGGGCCAUGCCGGACGGAGAACAGUGGAACGCAGCUGCAGAGCGCGAGAUUGCGAGUCUCAAGGAACGUCAAGUUUACAAGCUCGUCCCGCGCACAGCAGUUCCCCCAGGGAGGAAGCGGAUAAAGUCCAAAUGGGUGUUCAAGCGUAAGGCAGACGGCUCCUUCAAGGGGCGUCUAGUGGCGCAAGGCUGGAACCAAGUGCCUGGACUGGACUGCGGCAGCACCUACGCUCCGGUGUGCAGGUUACAGAGCAUUCGGAUGUUAGCGUGCAUAGUCGUGCAGUUCAACCUGGAGUUGGAUCAAAUGGACGUGUCUACAGCCUUCUUCUACGCUGACAUCCUCGAGAACGUAUUCGUCGAACGGCCACCUGGCUUCGAGGUCAAGGACAAGGAUGGAGGUGAUCUAGUGAUGCAGCUACAGAAGAGCCUCUACGGGCUGGCCCAAAUCGCCAGCAACUGGUUCCACACCAUCGACCCUUUCCUUGUUGAAAACAUUUCCGUUCCGCGCAAGUCUGACACUUGCGUCUACCUGUUCAAGAUGACAGACAUGGGCGAGGUGAAGCUUGUCUUGGGCAUGGAAAUUAAGAGGGACCACAACCAAGGUACCCUGACGAUUUCCCAGAAAGCGUAUACCAAGUCCAUCUUAGAGAGGUUCGGGAUGUCGGAAUGCAAACCGACCAGCACGCCUGGCUAUGGUUCGGAGCUCUCCAACAAGCAACCAGAGGACACUCUGCUAGGCGAGGAGGAAACCAGACGUUAUCAGGGCAUCGUGGGGUGCCUGAUGUACAUCGCUCAAGUGCUCCGCUACGACAUCAUGUACGCUACGGGCCAACUGGCCCGCCCAAUGGAGAAACCCAGCAAGAUCCACAUGGUGGCAGCUAAACACACUCUUCGCUAUGUGGCCGGAACAACGAAUUUCAGAAUCACAUACAAGAGUGAAGGCUUCAAGCUUGCGACCUUUUCGGACUCCAACUGGGCGAAUAACCCGGACAACGGAAAGUCCACCUCUUGCUACUUGACGAUGCUAGGAAAUACACCGGUGAGUUUGAAGUCGGGGAUACAAGGUCCAACUGCCAUGUCUACCAUGGAGGCAGAGCUGAUUGCAUCGGCACUAGCCAUGAAGGAAGCAGUGCUGUUCUAA